UUGCUAUCUUCUUUUCUUUUUCAGAAGAUGAAUAAUCUUUCAUUUAGUGAGCUAUGUUGCCUCUUCUGCUGUCCACCUUGUCCAGGGAAAAUUGCUUCAAAAUUAGCAUUUUUGCCACCUGAUCCAACUUACACACUAAUGUGUGAUGAAAGUGGAAGCCGCUGGACUUUACACCUAUCAGAACGAGCUGACUGGCAGUAUUCUUCUAGAGAAAAAGAUGCUAUGGAAUGUUUCAUGACUAGAACCAGUAAAGGCAACAGAAUUGCCUGCAUGUUUGUGCGUUGCUCACCCAAUGCCAAAUACACCUUACUCUUCUCACAUGGAAAUGCUGUUGAUCUUGGUCAGAUGAGCAGCUUUUACAUAGGAUUGGGAUCACGGAUUAACUGUAAUAUAUUCUCAUAUGAUUAUUCUGGAUAUGGUGCAAGUUCUGGGAAACCAUCGGAGAAGAACCUCUAUGCAGACAUAGAAGCUGCUUGGCUUGCUCUUAGGACAAGAUAUGGCAUUCGCCCUGAAAAUGUGAUUAUAUAUGGCCAAAGUAUAGGGACAGUACCAUCUGUGGAUCUUGCUGCUCGAUACGAGAGUGCUGCUGUUAUUCUUCAUUCUCCUUUGACCUCAGGAAUGCGAGUUGCUUUUCCUGAUACCAAGAAAACCUACUGUUUUGAUGCAUUCCCAAAUAUUGACAAAAUCUCUAAAAUAACCUCUCCAGUAUUAAUAAUUCAUGGGACUGAAGAUGAAGUCAUUGACUUUUCACAUGGCCUUGCAUUGUUUGAGCGUUGCCAAAGACCUGUGGAGCCUCUGUGGGUUGAAGGGGCAGGUCACAAUGAUGUGGAACUUUAUGGACAGUACCUUGAAAGGUUGAAACAGUUUGUGUCACAGGAAUUGGUAAAUUUGUAAAAUCUGUAAAUUUGCAUACCGGGUUUUCUUUUGCUGAACUGCACUCUUUGGUAAAGAACAUAAAACCUGAAGGUUUUGUUUGCAAAUCAUGUCAGUUGCCUUCAUAAAUGUACAGGUAAUGAUUUGUUUACAGACUUAAUGAAGGUUUUAAUUACCAGAACUAUAACUGGAAAUAACAGUAUCAUGCAGUCAGGCUGUGUAAUUUAUAUUUUUUUCUGUGAAUUUUUUUUAACAUCAAGAUAUAAGUACUGUAUGAAAUUUUAAUUCUAUGAAAUCAAAUGCUGUAAAAGUAUUGCCAAAUGCUUUUGCAUAUGAGAAACAAAUUUAUAAAUAUUUUUAAAACAUCUCAGUGUACCAAAUCUUACCCUGGUAUACAAAUGUAAUAUUCUUUCAAUAAAAAGCUGUAUAUCUGAAACAAUUCAAGUACUAAGAAAACACACAAAUUCACUAGAGAUGACCUAAACCCUGUUGUACAGGAAUAGAGGUGUAAACAGUUAUUCUAUUGUAAAGUACAUUGGAUUUUCUGUAUUCCCUGGUUAUCAUACAUUUUCUCCUCUAAAAAAUAAAAUAAAAAAUGAUUUAAGUCUUAAUUUUUAUGCCAUCUGUUAAUUUACCAACUAGUUACCUUGUAAAUGAGAAGUCACAAUAGCACUGAAUUUUAACUAGUUUUGAUUUAUAAGUUUGGUACUGUGAGGCAACUACUUAAAAUUUUUAUUUUAGUUAUUUAAAAGGCAUUUAGAGCUUCAAGAAUGACUUUUGUAUGCAACGUUGUUUUAAAUUUUGCAGUACUCUUCAUUAUAAGACAACCUGAAAGUCCAUUGGAUGCUCUUCAAGACCACAGACUGGCUUUAGUCCCUUUUCACUUUGGCUAUUUUUAACAAUAGGACCUAUUGGUUUGGAUUAUUAUCUAAGAAUUUCAUUGAUUCACUCCUGAUGUAGGAGAUCAGAAAACAUUUAAUUCAUAACUUUUAUAUUAACCAAUGUAGUAAAAAAUAAAGCAAACAAAAACUAAGUUGCCUUUCCUUGAAUGAAUCAUUCCUGAAUUUAAAAAAUGAAAGAAAAAGAAAAAAUAAAUUAAUGGUAUGUAGUCUAACUUGUAAAUGAAUGAUAUUGAAAUAAUACACACUGUGGAUAUUUUUAAGGCCUUACGUAGUUUUAAUUGUUCUGCUUGUUCUGCGGUUAUGUCUAAGACUAUAGUAUAUGAUUCUCUUCAAAGUAUAUCAAGUAUUGUGAAUGCUUUGGAUCAGAUGUGUCAAAUUAACAGUAAAACAAAUAUACCACUCA